UGGACCCAGCAAGUGCUCUCUAGUUCCCGAAAAUACGGCGCAGGGGAUCAUUUUCAACACGCGGCCAAGUUUCGGAGGACAAAACAAUCCACCCAGAAAAAAAGAACUAAAACUUUAACGGAGUGAAGUGGUCGCACUUGGAUUGUGUCUGUACACCAAACUGCUUUAUCUCCCUUUGAUCCUGAAUCCGGGAGUGUAAUGUGACCACAGCUGGCACCAAAGUGAUGCCUUUACGCACGAUGGAGAGUCUUUUACGCGAGCUUGACUUUUGGUCCCUCAAUGUUUCAUGGAGCAACUCAAGUCGAGGUAAUGCAAGUCAUAUAGGAAACACCACUGUGAACCCGUUAAAACGAAAUGAAGAAGUGGCAAAAGUUGAAGUCACUGUUCUUGUCCUGGUGCUCUUGCUCGCUCUGACGGGCAAUCUGUGCGUCCUGUGGGCGAUACACACCACCAAGCACAGCCACUCCCGGAUGUAUUACUUCAUGAAGCACCUGAGCAUCGCGGACCUUGUUGUUGCAGUCUUUCAGGUCUUACCGCAGCUCAUCUGGGAUAUCACCUUUCGCUUCUAUGGACCCGAUUUCCUCUGCAGGAUGGUCAAAUACCUACAGGUUGUGGGGAUGUUUGCGUCUACCUACAUGCUCGUCCUGAUGUCCAUCGAUAGAUGCUUAGCCAUCUGCCAACCACUGCGCUCCAUGAACAAGGGGAAAGAUCGCUUUUGGGUGAUCGCGUCUUGGAUGCUAAGUCUAGUUUUCAGCACCCCUCAAGCUUACAUAUUUUCUCUCAGGGAGGUCGGGAACGGUGUGUAUGACUGUUGGGGGGACUUUGUGCAACCAUGGGGUGCCAAAGCAUAUAUCACAUGGAUGAGUCUCAGCAUCUACAUCCUUCCAGUGGCAAUAUUGAGCAUUUGUUACGGAUUGAUAUGUUUUAAAAUAUGGCAGAACAUCAAUACAAAAACCAAAAGAGGAAUUUUUCUGUCCCCCACUCCAAGGCCGUCCAAAGGCGCUUACGCACUCUCGCGUGUCAGCAGUGUGAGGCUCAUUUCAAAAGCUAAAAUCCGCACAGUGAAAAUGACAUUUGUGGUGGUCCUUGCUUACAUUGUGUGCUGGACCCCCUUUUUCUUUGUUCAGAUGUGGUCUGCAUGGGAUCCGGCUGCACCAAGAGAAGAUAUGGCCUUCAUCAUCGCCAUGUUGCUGGCUAGUCUCAACAGCUGCUGCAACCCCUGGAUCUACAUGUUCUUUGCCGGUCACCUGUUCCAUGAUCUGAUGCAGUGCUUCUUGUGCUGCCGCAGAGAGUACCUGACAGACUCUUCCUGCAGCUGUGAUCAGCAGUGCAGGCACAAGAGCAGGUCCUCUAUUAACGUCAUCAAGAACGCCAGCAGUCGGAGGAGCCUCACGCACACGUCUAGCACUGGGGGGGCAGCACACAAAGAGGCCAGCUGAGAUCCAUCCAGGCUUCCUGUGGCUGAAUUAUCCAGCAGUCAUGCAAGCCUCUAUUUAAGGCAUUUAAUCAUCUACAGCAGAGCUGCGCGGGCUGUUGUACAAUGCUUGUUGUCAAAUAUUUCAAGCUAAGCCAAACAGUAAAUAUAAACCUUGUGUACGGUAAAAGGCCUGUACCCAGUGAUAACAGAAAGCAGAACAACAGCCUUUUGUGUCCGAAGUAUGUACGGCCUAAGUAUGAUGGGAGGAAAAAUGUGAAACCCAGUUCCAUCUCUUAUAUCAUGAGUUUGUCAAAAAGAAUCUCAAGGCGACCGUGACUUUUUGGAUGGAAAACAUUGGUUUAGUAAAAGCUGUGUCUGAAUAAACUGACUUCACUGGCGCUUAUCAGUUGUUGUAAUGUACAUGCUGUAAUGUAAUGCACAUGUGAAUGCUGUGAGCUGUGGCAUGGUUUAAUGUUCUGUGUGAGUACAGUCGUACAGUUGGACAAAUGGAUGACCUUUUGGUUUUUGAAAGAUUAGCUUCAAAAACAUAUUCUAUCUUAACAUUUAAAACAGCUAUCAACCUUUAAGAUACAUUUUUGUCCUCUUUCCCCUUAGCUUACUGCUCCAUGGGUUGCUCUGAUUUGAUUGUAUUGGUUUUACUCAGAGUUAACGUCAACCCUUAGGGCUGACUUAAGUGUGUUUCAUCUUAUCAGCUGGUGGCUGUAUUUUGUGGAACGGAUCAGUCAGCGUUUGUCUAUGAGUUGUCAGUUUAACUUUUCAAGUAUUUUCUUUAUGUGUGUCCUGAUCAUUUUUUCACCAGCUCUUUUUUUUCUUUAAUUAGAUGAUGAUUUUCUUCUCCACUGUGCAUGCUUUCUGAUAACUAAAAACACAAUGAGUCAAAUAUUGUCCAAUAGAUUUAGACGAUGUAAAUUAGAUGUACAUUGUGUGCAUCUUGAUUGUCUCAUUAUUUUAAAAGCAACAGCUCACACUGAUGUUUGGAAACUGUUAACCAUGUAAAAUUUCUCCACAAAUAAAUACGCACUAAUUGGUUUUUUUUUUCUUUGUUGGUCUUAUUCACUCCGUGGUUUUCUCCUUCUCAAUAAUUAUGUUUGAAGUUCUCUUUAUCAAAAGGUUUUUUUCAAAAGCUAUAUAGAAGAAAAAGAUCGAAGAAAGAAAUAAAAAGUUAUUGUGAGGACUUAGUUAUCCACAAACUUUAGAUCUCAAUGUGU